AUGGCGGCUUCUGCGGACCAGAAAGACGAGGCACAGGUUGCUGUUGCAAAAGAGAGCAAGGCCGUGGCCGAAAAUGCUGUCUCGGAAGAGAUUGAGGGUGGUGACCAAGUCGAAGACUCGCUGUACAACAUCACGAUUGUGCUGCCGCGCUCCGACGAGAAGCUAUCGGUCAUGGCAAGUGGCCCCCGGCCGCCUCUGAUCUACUCGAACGAGCAGGUGGGCGAGGUCCGUCAGGCCAUCAUUGACUCGCCGGCGGCCCAGUACCACACGUGCUUCCACCUCGAAUACAAUGGCGAGCGGAUCAACGAGUUCGGGCAGAUAUCGGAGAUCAAGGACCUGACGACCGAGGCCGAGAUCCACGUGGUCGAGGAUCCCUACACGGAGAAGGAGGCUCGGCUGCACGUGGUGCGGAUACGGGAUUUGAUUGGAGCAGCUGGCGAUCGGCCAGAUGCGGUGCACGGCGUGCUUGCGGGACUGUCGCUCUUUGAUAGCGUGACGGUCGAGUCGCUGGCGGCGGCCGAGGUGGCUCCGGUCGAGGCAGACUUUGGGGCGGUGGCGGACGUGAACGUGCUGCUGCCCCGGGCGUCGGCUGAAGAGGCAGCGGGACCGAAGACGGUCAAGGCGAUCCAGCUCUCGCCGUGGAACCCGCCGCCAGUGUAUUUGCGGCAAAAGGGCCACCUGAUGUACCUGAUCGUGACGACACUGGAAGGCGAGCAGUUCCAGAUCACGUCGCACGUUGGCGGGUUUUACGUGAACAAGUCGUCCAACUCCAAGUUUGAUCCGGGGAUGCGGCCGGGCGCGAAGGCGUGCGUGUCGCACUCGCUGCUGGCGCUGAUCGAGAAGAUCUCGCCGUCGUUUGCGGCGGUGUUUGCGGCGCUGCAGGAGCAGAACGGGCGACGAGACCCGCUGUCGACGUUCCAGAUCACCAACGCGACGCCGGCAGCUCCGUGGCUGGUGCCGGGGCCGACGACGGCAGCAGGAUCGACAUACGCACAUGUGGCGGACAUUACGCGGACGCAGGAGUCGUUCCUGGUGGCCGGAUCGGAGAGCGUGGAGAACCUGCGGGACUGGAACGAGGAGCUGCAGUCGGCACGCGAGCUGCCACGCGAGACGGUGCAGGACCGGAUCUUCCGCGAACGGCUGGUGUCCAAGGUGUUUGCCGACUACGUCGAUGCGGCGACACGGGGCGCGAUCCUGGUAGCCAACGGCGAGGUCGGGGCGCUCAACCCGACGGAGGACCGGGACGCGCAGAUUUUUGUGUACAACAACAUCUUCUUCUCGUUCGGGGCCGACGGCGUGGGCACGUUCACGUCCGAGGGCGGCGACGAGGCCGCACGCAUGGCCACGGGCAAGGAUGUGGCCGGCGUCCGGCGGGUGAACCAGCUCGACAUCGACGGGCUCUACUCACCCGGGACGGUGGUGGUGGACUAUCUCGGCAAGCGCGUGGUGGGCCAGAGCCUGGUGCCGGGCAUCUUCAAGCAGCGUGAGCCGGGCGAGAACCAGAUCGACUACGGGGCCGUGGACGGCAAGGAUGUGGUGGCGGCAGAUGAGCGGUUCGUCGAGCCGUUUGCGAAGCUGUCGCAGGCACUCAGCGUGCGGCGCCACCCUGUCUGGGACAAGGAUGGCCGGCGGGUCGAGCUGGAGGGCAGCGUCGAGACCAAGGGUCUCAUCGGCACCGACGGUCGCAAGUAUGUGCUGGACCUGUACCGGAUCACGCCGCUGGAUGUGGCCUGGCAGGAAGAGUCGGACGGACUGGCGGACGACGAGGCCACGGCGUAUCCGCACCGGAUGACGGUUCUGCGGCCAGAGCUGGUGGAUAUUUACUCGCGCGUCAAGAUGCGGGAGUGGCUGGACGACGAACAGAUGGACCGCAUCGACGUGUCGGACUUCAAGUUCUCGCUCAACCCGGACGUCUUCAGCGGUCAGGUGCCACAGACGGACGAGGAAAAGGAGCAGCUGGCAGCAGACGAAAAGGAAGUGCGGGCAGUGUGCCAGCACCUGCGCGAAGUGUCGAUCCCGGCUCUGAUCUCCGACCUGAACGAGUCGGAGAUCAGCUUCCCGAUGGACGGGCGGUCACUCAGCUCUCUGCUGCACAAGCGCGGCAUCAACAUGCGGUACCUGGGCCGGAUUGCCGAGCUGAGCAAGGCGCAGACACGUCUGGAGUGCCUGCACGUCGUGACGGUGCGCGAGAUUGUGUCGCGGGCCUUUAAGCACGUGUCGGCCAAGUAUCUGCGAUACCUGCCGCAGCCGCUGAGCUCGGCGGCGAUCGCGCACCUGCUGAACUGCCUUCUGGGCAGCGGUCUGAACAGCACGCCGACGGCCUACGUGGAGCCAUCGCUGCGGGGGAUCUACGACGACGAGGACGUGGAUGCCGACGUGGACUUUAAGACGGUGACGCCAGCAAGCCUGAAAGCAGCCAUCGAGGCCGAGGCGCUGCGGCGGUUCCGGUUCGCGCUGCCGGCCGACUGGCAGUCGGAGUUGACGGGACAGCACCUGCAACUGCUGCGCGAGGUGUCGCUGAAGCUGGGACUGCAGCUAGCCAGCAAGAAGUAUGUCUUUACCGAGGCCGAGGCGAAGGAGACGGAGACAACCAAGACCAACGGCACAGCCACAGCCUCAGCCACAGCCACAUCAUCAGCCACCACAGCCACAACAGCCGGCGAGGGCAGCAAGAAGAAGAAGAAGAAGGCAGCGGCAGGCCGUGACGGGUCACCAUCGUCACUAGACGAGGAGGCCAAGGCAGCGGCGACGCGGCCGGAACACACGUUCUGGCCCGACGACAUUGUCAACGUGGUGCCAGUGAUCAAGGACUCGGCGCCACGCAGCGCGCUGGCCGAGGAGGCGAUGGAAGCCGGCAAGAUUUCGCUGUCGCAGGGCCAAAAGAAGAUCGGGCAGGAGCUGCUGCUGGAGUCGCUGUCGCUGCACGAGCAGAUCUACGGGAUCCUGCAUCCGGAGGUGGCCCACGCCUACCACACGCUCGCGAUGCUGUACUACCAGAUGGACGACAAGGAAGCAGCGGUCGAGCUGGCGCGCAAGGCGAUCAUCGUGUCGGAGCGGGUCAUCGGACUGGACAGCCAGGAGACGCUGCUCAACUACCUGAAUCUGGCCCUGUUUGUGCACCAGCAGGGCAAGAGCGCGCUGGGCCUGGCCUAUGCCAAGCACGCGCUGCGCCUGUGGCGCGUGCUGUACGGUCCCGACCACCCGGAUGCCAUCACGACGGUCAACAAUGCGGCCGUGAUGCUGCAGAGCAUCAAGGCGUACCACGAGUCGCGUCGCUGGUUCGAGGAGUCGCUGCGCAUGUCCGAGGCCGUCUUUGGCCGCGCCUCGCUCAACUCGGCCACCCUGCUCUUCCAGCUGGCCCAGGCCUUGGCUCUGGAUCAGGACAGCAAGGGCGCUGUUGCUCGCAUGCGCGAGAGCUACAACGUCUUCCUCGCCGAGCUCGGGCCCGACGACAAGAACACCAAGGAGGCCGAGAGCUGGCUCGAACAGCUGAUCCACAAUGCCGUCUCCAUCGCGAAGCACGCCAAGCACCUCGAGACCCGUCGCAUUCGCGCCGGCAUCCGCUUCCCGCCCACAUCCACCCCACGCAGCGAUGGUGCCGGUGCCCGUGCCUCUGGUGUUGCUGCCCCGACUACGACGGCCGCUGCCGAGGCUGCUGCCAAGCCCGCCCUCGACUCGCGCUCCAUCGACGAGCUCAUCCGCUUCAUCGAGGGCACCGACAGCAAGAAUGGCAAGACCGGCGCCGGCAGCAGCAGCAAGAAGCGCGGCAGCGGUCGCGCAAAUCCCAAACGGAGAUCGGCCCCGACGGCUUAG